CAUGGCUGGCAAGGCGGACGGACCGUUCAAACGGGUGCUGGUGCCGGUUCUUUUACCUGAGAAAUGCUAUGAUCAACUUUUCGUCCAAUGGGACUUGCUUCAUGUGUUCUUUCCCUGCCUCAAGAUUCUCCUCAGCAAAGGCCUUGGGCUGGGCAUAGUGGCUGGGUCACUCCUGGUAAAGCUGCCCCAGAUCUUUAAAAUCUUGGGAGCCAAGAGUGCCGAAGGACUGAGUCUUCAGUCAGUGAUGCUGGAGCUCACGGCGUUGACUGGAACUGUGGUCUACAGCAUCACCAACAACUUCCCCUUCAGCUCUUGGGGUGAAGCACUGUUCCUGACACUCCAGACAAUUGCCAUCUGCUUCCUGGCCAUGCACUACAGAGGAGAGACCGUCAAAGGCAUUGCUUUCCUUGCCUGUUAUGCGAUGCUCUCCCCACUCACGCCUCUGGCUGUAGUGACCCUGCUCCAGGCCUCCAAUGUGCCUGCUGUGGUGGUGGGGAAGUUGCUCCAGGCAGCCACCAACUACCAUAAUGGGCACACGGGCCAGCUUUCCGCUAUCACAGUGUUUAUGCUGUUUGGGGGCUCUUUGGCCCGAAUCUUCACUUCUGUUCAGGAAACUGGAGACCCCCUCAUGGCUGGAGUCUUUGUGGUCUCUUCCCUCUGCAAUGGCCUCAUUGCUGCCCAGGUCCUCUUCUACUGGAAUGCAAAGCCUCCUCACAAACAGAAAAAGGUGCAGUAGUGCUGGGGCAGCUUCUAGGACCAUUCCAUUCC